AUGGACCCAAAAUAAAGAAAAGAUCGAUCAACAUCUAGGGAUAAAAAGAAAACAAAUAAAAAAUAAACAUAAUAUAGUUAUGGAUAACUAAAGUAUCUAUUUAUAUAUAUUAUAAGAUUUGGAGAAGUACAAAGUAAGUCAAAAAAAAUAUCAUUAAAAACAUUCUUUGGAAACCCUGAAUUUGAAAUCUUUUGUUUGAGAUUUGAUUUUGAGGAUCAAUUAAUAGCAGCUGGUUGCUCAGAUGGAACAGUAAAGGUUUUUAAUAUUGUGUCUGGUAAAGUGUAAAUAGAAAUAUUUAAGGGAAACUGGCAUUUAAUUUAUAAGGAUCAUCAGAAGGAGCAAGUCCUACAACUGCAAUAAGAUGGAGAAGAGAUGUUGCCAAUAAAGCCAAAAGUGUGUUUUUAUCUGCUAAUUCUGAUGGCUCCCUUAUGAUGUGGCAAGCUCAAACAGGAAAACAAUUAUUUAGGACAGUAGAAUAGGGCAAUCAAUUAUUGGCCUUAGAUAUAAGAUCAGAUGGAGAUUAAUUUGCUACUGCUGGCAAAGAUUUUAAAGUUAUUGAUAUAGAGUGAUUAUAAUAGAUACGUGUUUAUGAUGAUGAAAAGAAGGAAGUAAUCCACACAUUUGACAAAGCUGAUUAGUAUAAUCAUUAUUUAUACAAGCAAUCAACCAGGCCAUUAGAAUAGAAUAUUCGCUCUUAAGUACUUAGAAGAAACACCUAACAUUCUACUUUCUGGAGGAUGGGAUGGUAAUCUCUUGAUCUGGGAUCUCAGAGAUCAUAAAUCUAUUGGAACAAUCUAUGGUCCUAAUCUUUCUGGGGAUAGUUUAGAUUUUAGGUAUCUAUUUAUAUAAUUAUAUAGAAAUGGUUAAAUUUUGACAGGCUCAUAUAGAACUAACAAUUAGUUAUAAUUGUGGGAUUUUGGCACCAGAUAACUAAUUUAAGAAAUAUAAUGGGAUAAAAAUAAAAAUGACAGUGAUUUCUAUGUUUAUUCUUGUUAAUUCAGUAAAAUCAAUGGAGAUACAAUUUUGGCUGGUAGUAGUGGUAGAUAAGAGCUGAAAUUAUUUGAUAUUAAUAGUCAAUAUUAGACAUGUGGUUACAUAUAAGAUUUAUAGGAGGGUAUAAAGAAAUUGUGAAAUAAUUUAUUAGGAGUUUAUUGUGUAGAUUAUGGAAAUAAGAGUAACAAAUUUGCAUUUGGUGGAGGAGAAGGUGUAGUCUACAUUUGUUCAUUGACCAAUUCAAAGUGAUGAAUAAAUAAUAAUAUAUUUAAAUAAUGGACCCUUAAUAAUUAGUUGAUAAUUUAAACGAUAUCUUACUGAGCGAUUUCUUCAGAUAUAUAGAAGUAUUGGGAAGAGGCAGUUUUGGAAUUGUAGUUGCAGCCCAUAGUUAAGAGUUAGAUAAAAUUGUUGCUAUCAAAGUAUAUACUUAUAUAAAAGUAGAUCACCCCAUAUUUCGAACAAGAAAAUGAAUCAUCUCUUUUAUAAGAAUGUACUCAUCCAAAUAUUGUUAAAUUAUACAAGGUUAGAAUAAUUACUUAUAAAUUAUAAGGUUUUAGUUGCUUAUAAUUUUAUCUACCUAAUAAUGGAAAAACUGAAUGGAACUACAUUAGAUGUAAUAUUGAAAGAACAAACACUUGAUGAACUUCAAAUUAGAAACAUUAUGCUUUAAGUAUUAAAUGCCUUAGCUUUCUUACAUAGAAAAGGUAUUAUACAUAGAGAUCUAAAACCUGGUAUUUUCUUAUAAUAAAAUUAGAGAAUAUAUUUAUUUCUAAUGGCAAUCAUGUCAAAUUAAUAGACUUAGGUCUAGGAUAUUAGAUUGUUUGCAGAGGAAUAAUAGGUUAACAAGUUGGAACUCCAUAUUAUAUUGCACCUGAACUUAUUAAAGGUUAUGAAUAAACGCAAGUAUUUUAUAUUAAAUACAUAAGGCAAUUGAUAUAUUUUCUCUUGGUAUAAUAUUCUAUCAAAUGUUAUGUAACAACCUACAUCCAAUUUGGACUGAGGGAUAAACUAAAAAGGACUAUUACAAGACUCUAUGUCAUGAAUUUCAUAUCAAAUAUCCUUCACAUCUUUCAGAGUAUAAAAAUAUUUAAUAAUAUUUAAAAGAAUGGCAUAAGAUUUUAUCAAAAAUACAAUUACUCAUAGUCCAAUUGAUAGAAUGACAGCUGAACAAUGUUUGGAACAUCCAUAUUUAUUAGGGGAAGAAAGAAAGUCACAUCCAAUUACAAAUAAAGAAAUUAUUUAAAGAUACAAAUUUAUCUAAAAGUUUUAACUAGUAUAUUAAUAUCAUUAAAUAUGUUCUUAGAUAGUAAAGGCAUUGCAAAUGACUAAAAUAUUCAAAUAACAAUGUUAUGAAGGAUAUUCUUAUCUAAAAUCUUAGAACUCUGAUGAAAUCAAUGAAAUUCUACUACAUGAUGAUGCUCCAAAAUCAUAAAGAAUCCAUACAGAAACACAUAUAAUAGUUCGUCAUUAGAAAUCUUAUUAUAAACCUUAGAGUUUGAAGACAAUUCAUUUAACAAAAGUUACAUCCUCUUAAGAUUUAAAAUCUAUUAAAAAUAAAAUGUUAAAUUCUAAUAGAUGUUAUAGUAUAUAUAAAUAUAAUUAAUUCUAGAUUUGACUUCCAGAUAUAAAUCCUCUUUGGAUAUAUAAUUACCAAAAGUCAAUAGUUAAAAGAGAAUUAAUUUAUAAUUACCUUCAAUCUCUCCUUAUUAAACUAGAUAAUCUAGCUUUAUUUUUAGAUAGUCAUGA